UUCAGAUAAUGAUAAGAAUCGAUAGAAUAUGUACUCUUAUGUAUGGAUACAAAGAAUACGGCAAAACUGUGUUACGACGCAAAUGUUAUCUUCAGAAAAAAACUAGUCUGUGUGUUGGUUUUGGACCUAAAAUUGCAGUUAUACAUACAAAUAUUGAACCAAAUAAAAUAUUUCCUAAAACUGCUCCUGGAAGGACUGGAAGUGCAUUAAACAGCAUUGAUUUAUUGGAUACGUCUCCGCCUGUCCAAGAUGCGAGGAGAACUCCUAUAUUUACUCGGAGACACAUCUACCGGAGUAUUCAGGAAACCCUGACUAUGCUCCGAGAUCUACCAAACUAUUCAUUCACCAAGAUCCAGCCUCCCAGUGUUUACUCCCGGAGUUCGUCUACUCCUUCAACAAAUAGAAACUUCUGGUUGAAUUUCUCGAGGAAUACGGAUAAUCCGGCGGAUAUUGUUGAAGCAUGGCAUCAUUUAGCGGCAGAUAUAACAGGAUCAGGAUCAGAUAGAGCUGAGGUUUUAGACAGGUUCUCCACCAGAGUCAUGUAUUCAUUGGAGACCCUGAGCUAUCAACAGCUGAGAGAUGUGGCGUACUCUUUAACCCUACUCCACACACAGCACUCAAGGUUCUCUCAGCUGGCCAACUGCCUUGAUCAAUGCCUGGCAGACAAGCUGGACUCCAGGAACAAGGACAGGGUUCCUUCUCAGGAAGAAUUGAAUGAAUAUCUCGAGGUUGGAUAUAUUCUACUCAGAUGGCAACUUCUCUCAGCUCCAUACCGGAGUAAUAUCUCAUCUAGGGAUCUUACGGGUGCUCAUAACAAGCUGUUGAUCUUAAUCCUACUCACUCGACACUUGGAUGUAUUAAGUCCGUCCCAAGUAGUUUUCAGUCUCUUCCUAGCUGGAGUCUCCAGGGAGUAUCCAAACCUUCCUUACGAAUCAACACGAACUCAAGGGUUUCCUAUACCGGACCCUCUUAUCGCAAAACUAGAGAUUGUUUUACCGAAGCUUACAAGUGUCGAGGUUGGGAUAAUUUGUCAUGGUGUUCAUCAAACCUAUCUCUACCUCACCACAGAGCAUAGCAAUGUACGUCAUCUCCUUCUCCAGUCAAUCCUGGAGUUCCCAGAGAUAAACAUCAUGAAGGAUCAGCUGGCGAUCUCCAGUACUGCUAAGCUGUUGAAGAAACGUGGAGCGUUUAACACAUCGGUAAUCAGUGAAAUUAUAAAGAAAUUUGAACCACAUCUUGGUAGUCUGCAGAGCUACACCAAACUAAGAUUGCUUCAGAUGUGCACUUCUGCGAGACUAAAUGCAAGUUUGCGGAACUCAUUUAUUGAGAAACUUAUCUGUGAUAUAGGAGAUCUUAAAGACCUGAGGCUCAAAGACCUGGAGCAGCUAACGUUCUGUCUCCUACACCUGGCUGAUACCACUAUCCUUCCCCCCAUAUUCCUCAAGAUCCAGGACGCAAUGCGUCGAUGUGAUUGGUCGGAUGUAAGAUCAGGUCGAUCCUUCGUUUAUUUAACUUGUCAUCUGGCCAAAGGACAGAUUUAUGAUAUUGCCAGUAUUGAGAGUAUAUUUCAGAAAGCAAAUGCUUGUGAUAUGUCGGAUCUAGACUCAGAUAUUGGACUCGCCAACGCAAUAGAUUUCCUUUUCCGUUUAAAUAUUCCGCUGUUAACAGAUGUCGGAACAGAUGCCGCGUAUAUUCUUCCGUUCCUCCAGCGGAACCGGGUUCUCUGUACCAACUCCCUGUUCCAGGUUCUAGAACUGGAUUUUAUCCGACAAGCUUUUAACCUAGAGAUGAGCACGAGUCUUGAUCCUGAGAAGAGAUUAAUCCUGAUUGAUUAUUUCCAGCGGGAUGACUCUAGAGAGACAAGCCAUAGUCGGGUUUCUCAAUCCGUUCUGCAAGAUCUUAAUCUCCUGAUGAACAAAUCCUCUUUUUAUUACGGCUUCCCUCUCCCCUCUUCCACCUUUAAAAGUAUAAUAAUAAAACACUCCCCGGGACCUAUAUCAUGGUCGGUUAACAACGUUACUAUGCAGAAAAACAAGUCUGAGUUAUUGGUUCUUAUUAUUCCUAGAAAAUCUGAGACUAUAUCAGAUGAGGGUGAAGUAAUGGGACGAUGUAAGAUCGAGAUGAAUUAUUUAAACCAUCUAGGAUUUAAAACAAGAAUAUUAAACCCACCAGAGUAUUAUGCUGCUCGGAGGGAGAACCGUAACCUUAAAUAUUUAAAACGUCUUCUAAAAAGUACAGAAGAAGAAUUAAAAUAUAAGAUAUGAUAACUUA